AUGGGCUACGACGACCGAGGACCGUACUACAAUCAGCAGCCGGGAGCCUACCCCGGAAACUACCCUCCAAAUCAGGGAUAUCCACCUCAACAAGGCUACCCGCAACCUGGAUAUAAUCAACCGCAGGUCGUUGUAGUCGAGCAACGCCGACAGGGCGGCAACAGUGACGGCUGCUGCGCCGGAAUCCUGGCCGGUCUCUGCUGUGGUUGCUGCGCAUUUGAAUGCUGUGAUUGUUUGAUGAACUGCUGCUGCGAUUGC